AUGCGCGGCGCUGCUGCUGCUGCCGGCAUGCAAAGGGCUGCCGCUGCUGCUGCUACUGUCGCCGGUACUGGUGCUGGUGGUGCUCGGGCACGUCUGCUUCAAGCAACACGCGCUGUCUCUGCCAUCUCAGUGGAGCCGACGGAUGUUGAUGGCGUCAAGAUCUUGUACAUGAACCACAAGCCCGUGAACGCGCUGUCGCUUGAAUUCACCCGCGACCUCGUCAACACAAUUGAAGAACUCGAGGCGGACAAGGACAACAAGGCGGUGGUGAUUGCCUCCAGCCUUCCCAGCACCUUCAUGGCUGGUCUUGAUAUCCGCGAAAUGUACGACAAGGAUCUGCCCCACCUGAACAAGUUCUGGUCCACACUGCAGGACCUGUUCCUGAAGCUGAUGACGACCCGGUUGGCCACGGCUGCCGCUGUGGAGGGCAACAGUCCCGCUGGCGGCUGCCUUGUUGCGCUGAUGUGCGACGAGCGCGUGAUGGCAGACGCCCCCGUCACCAUUGGCCUCAACGAGACAAAGCUUGGCAUUGUGGCGCCGGUGUGGUUCAUGGAUCUGUUCCGCGGUGCUGUCGGCCAGCGCAACGCGGAGCGCCUGCUGCAGCUGGGUGCGCUGCUGUCUCCACACGAGGCAAAGGGCGUGGGCCUCGUGGACUAUGUGCGGCCGAGAGAGGACGUGGUGCAGACGUGCGUUGAUCUGCUCCAAGACUACCUGGCUGUUCCCGCCGCUGCCCGCCACCUCUCCAAGCUUGCCAUCCGCAAGGACAUUGUUGACAAGGUGGCCCUCAACCGCGAAGGGGAUCUGGAGUUCUUUGUCAAGUUCAUUCGGCAGCCGGCUGUGCAGAAGGGCCUUGGCAAGUACCUUGAAGCCCUGGCCCAGCGCCAAGCAAACAAGACCAAGCAAACCUAA